CAGGCGCGCUGAAGAGCUCCAUCUUUCUAUCCCAACAAGCCCAGAGAGAGAGCCAGCAGCAGCAGUUGAUGGGGAAGCUUUUUAUUUUUAUUUUUAAAGGGACAGAACCUCAUUUUAACCAGCUCAAACCUUCCGUUUCGCCGCCCUUAGCCUCCCAGGAACUCAACGGGGGCAGGAAAAAUGGAGGAAAAGGGUCUUAGGCCUUUAUAUUAAGGAGAACAAUCCAGAAAGCCCUUUUCUCUGUCUCUUGCUUCUUCUUAGCAACACAACCCUCUCCUCUCCCUGUGUCUGUGCUUUGGCCCUGGCUGGAGACAUUUCUGAGCAGAGACCUCUCAGUUCACACAGAGAAUAAAAACUUCGCUAUUUCUCGGUCACUCUGCCUGUAAUUUCAAUUUCUCUGGCGAUGGAAGAUAAUCAGAGUAACACAGGGUAGAAACUAAAUUGAUGACAGAAAACCAUGAAGCAGUGCCUCACCUUACUGCAAAACAACAGUAACAAGAAGAGAAGAUCACAAUGUAAGCCAUCAUAUGUCCUGGAAGGUUAAAGAGAAAAGCCGAGGAAGAUGGAAACAUCCAAGGGCGUGACACUGGGAAGCACCGGCUCUGACUCGCCGCCUAAGAAAUGAGAACUCUGCAAGUGCAAGUCAGCAGCAUCUUAAAACCCUCAAGAGUGAACGCCUGCUUUUAGAAAGAGCGGGCUGUUGAAAGAUUAGCUCAAGAGACGUUCUCACCUGAAAAAUGUUUGUGUGGAGCGAGUGGCAGCCAGUUUCAUACACCUAACUUGCCUAUGUGACUCCCAUCAAACAGGAUUUUCCAGACUGCUCCCGUUGAUGAAGGCGAUGAUGGGACGUCACAUCGGUGCUUAGAAGGACAAAACAAACAUGGAGGAUAGCAAAGACUUGGUUCCAAAGUGAGCCUGCCUGCCCUGACCGCCCGAUGCGCAGUGGUGUACAGUUUGCAAACGAAGCUGUACCGCAUGGUCCUCUUUUGGAAGACCAAGAUGACAUGUAGUCUGGGGACACUGAUGAGCGUUUGAGAGCUUCUGAGGCAUCGUGUGCAGAACCAGAACAAUGAAUGGAGGAAAGGAGUGUGAAGGCGGGGCCAAGGAGGCGGGGCCACCUGCUGCCCAUGUUCCGAUUGGCUGGCAGCGCAAGGUGGACCCAAACGGAGUGGUUUACAUAAGUCCCAGUGGCUCAGUGUUGUCCUGCCUGGAGCAGGUGAAGACUUACCUGCUGACCGAUGGGACCUGUAAGUGCGGCCUGGAGUGUCCUCUUAUCCUUCCUAAGGUGUUUAAUUUUGAUCCUGGGGCGGCUGUCAAGCAGAGAACAGCGGAGGAUGUGAAAGCCGAUGAGGACGUCACCAAGCUCUGCAUCCACAAAAGGAAAAUCAUUGCGGUGGCCACGCUGCACAAGAGCAUGGAGACGCCACAUCCCUCUCUAGUCCUGACCAGUCCCGGCGGAGGCACAAGCGCAACCCCCAUGGUUCCUACACGUUCUGCAACUCCUCGAGCAAUAAAGAAUAAAUCGCACGACGGAAUACCUAACUCCGUGGUCCCGGAGUGUAAGAUCCCCUUCAAGAUGAUGAUGGUGGGACAGAGGCAUUACCAGCAGGAGUUAACAGCAGGUCAGCAACAGGAGCUCUACGCUGGCUAUCCGAGACAGAGGCUGGGGAGCAGCGAGCAUGGGCAGAAGUCUCCGUACCGGGGCAGUCACGGUGGAAUGCUGAGCCCGGCCUCUUCUGGAUCGCAGAUAUAUGGUGAUGGCUCCCUGUCUCCCAGAACUGACCCUCUGGGGAGCCCGGAUGUUUUUGCACGGAACAAUCCCGGGUUUCAUGGAGCAAAGAAUUCUAGCCCCAUUCACAUGAACAGCAGGACUCCGCUUUCUCCUCCCUCCCUCAUGCUCCAGACCUCCCCUGCACAGUCGUCCUGCGCCAUGGCAGGGAGGACUAAUAUACCUCUUUCUCCUACUGUCGCAACAAAAAGCCCUAUAAUGAAAAAACCCAUGUGUAAUUUCCCUGCUAACAUGGACAUGCCGCGUGCAGUAUUUCACCAUAAGCCCCAGCAAGGGCCCCAUGCUCCACCCCCACCUUCCCUGCCCCCUUCCUGUGCUCUUCAGAAAAAGAUAACUUCAGAAAAGGACCCUCUUGGCAUUCUGGAUCCCAUUCCCAGUAAGCCGGUAAACCAGAACCCAGUGGUGAUGAACCCUGCAAACUUCCAAUCAAAUGUCCACUCUCAGGUACCUAUGAUGAAUGUAAACAUACCCCCCGCUAUUGUCCCUUUGCCAAGUAAUCUCCCUUUGCCAACCGUCAAGCCCGGUCCCAUCGGUCACGGCAGUCACAUGCAGAGGGGUCAGCACACAGCUUCCACCUCUAUAUCGCCCUCCCCAGUGACCUCACCAGUGCACAUGAUGGGGCCCGCUAUGGGGAGGAUGGAGGUAUCCCCGCAAAGGUCACGUUCAUCUUCCACCUCAUCAGACCACGGAAGCUUCAUUAUGCCGUCGGGUCCACAGGUGACCUGCGGCAGCAUGAAAGUUCCUCCCAGGUCUCCCAGGUCCUCCAUGGGAUCUCCAAGGCCCUCUAUGCCUUCAAGCCCAUCUACAAAGCCAGAUGCGCUCCUUCAGUACAAAGACAUGCCUAACCAGUUGCUCGUAGGAAUGAGCAAUGUUCUCAACACUCAGCCCAACUCAAUGUUUCCACCUGUUUCUGCCGGAAAUGUUCCACAAAAGAAUCACCCAGGUCUGCUGGGAAUGCCUUUUAAUCAGAUCUUGAAUCAGCAUAACGCUGCUUCAUUUCCAGCCAGUAGUUUACUGUCAGCAGCAGCCAAAGCACAGCUAGCAAAUCAAAAUAAAAUGACUGGCAACAAUAACAGCAGCAGUGGAGGGAGCAGCAGCAGCAGCAGUAGCAGCAGCAGCAGCAGCAGCUCUGGUCCAGUGGGAAGUGGUGGCAAUGGGGAAGGGCACAGCACUUUAAAUACAAUGUUUCCACCCAACUCCAACAUGUUGCUGGCAGUGAAUGAAGGGCAGAGCGGGCGUGCAGCACUACGCGACAAGCUUAUGGCUCAACAGAAGGAUCCUCUAAGAAAGCGAAAGCAGUCCACCAACACGGUUUUCAACAUGUUGAAGUCUCAGAUGAGUGCUUCAGGUGCAUCCAAGCCUGCACUGCCUGACCAGCUGAGGAAAGCAGGACAAGGUUCCCUCCCCCCAAAUAACUCCAUGGCCCAGUUGCUUCAGUCUAUGAGCUGUCAGAGUUCCCAUAUGGCUGGAAAUAACGGGGCAGGUUGUGUGAGCUCCAGUUCAGGGAUGCUGUGCGCCUCCGGUCAGCUCCAUUUUGCAGACAACAGUUUGACACCCGCUGCAGCACAAAAUCUGCCAGUGCAGCACCUCCAUAACAGAAGGGAAGGAAUGCGCUGCCCAAAUGUUGACACUAACUUGGUUCACACUGGAGGCCACGUCCUGCAUGGCCAGUUUGCUGGUCUGAUGAACCAGAUGCAGGCUGCCGGGAAUUGUGGGGUGCUCGGACAGGCGGGGGUAGCCUUAGGGAAUUCUGUCCUUGGCCAUCCCAACCUUCACCAGCAACAUCUUCCCCACCACCAUCACCACCACCAUCAGCAGCAACAGCAGAACAAGUCCCACUCAAGGAAUCAGGCAGUUUGUGCACCAAUGGUACCAAACAGCAAUGGAAGCAACUGUGGGCGAGGGAUCUCUGAUGCAGGAAGUUCAGGCCCAUCAUCUUCCAUGGCAGUAGCCGGUGCCAAUCAGCCUGCCAUCACCAAGACCACCUCUGUAAUGCAGGACGGAGUUAUUGUCCGAACUUCGAGAGGCAAUCCACUGCAAGGCCAGUUACCUAUGGGGAGCGCUUUUCCCUUCAUGGGACAGGAGCAGAUGCUUCAGAUCCCACAAAAUAAUCCAGGCAACCGCAGUCUUACAAAUCCUUUAAACACAAGCCUCCUUGGUUCCUUGUCCAUCCCUUUAGGCAUGAACCAACAGCAGCAGCAGCAGCAGCAACAGCAGCACCAUCUCCUAAACCAGAAUCUGCUAAACAUGUUACCGGCUCCGUCGGGAGACAGCAAGCCCGAGGUCAAUCUCAAUCCUCUGGGCAUCUUAAACCCCAACCUUAAUGCUGCUCUGGCUUUGCUCUCUAAUGGCACGGACGGGCAGCCCCUGCCGCCUGUCCAGCUCCUCGCAGCCAUGCUGCAGAGUCAGGCUCAGGCUGCGUCCAUGCUUCCAUUGCCCCCUUUCAAUCUGACCCUGCCUGGUUUGUCACAGCAGCAGCAGCAGCAGCAGGAUGACACUCCUUUACCUCCCAUGACUUCAAUGCCCAUUCUGCCAGACCAUUUGCAGCAUAACCAGUUAGAUGGCAACAGAGCAGAGGCUUGGCUCUCCCACCCUCUGAUGAACUCUUUAGUGGGUCUUUCAGGCAGUGACACUGCUCCUAAUCCUUUACUCCUCCCAGCUGUCACUGGGGCCUCGGGGCUAAUGUCCUUGAAUCCCCAGCUGUUGGGAAGCCUCCUGAACUCUGCAGUGGACAGUACUACUAAUCAUCCCGAGGUUCCCAUAGCAACCUCCUCCCAGGCAACCACUACCACAACCACUACAUCAUCAUCAUCAGUGGCAGCCAUGGCUGUCUCCUCACUGGGUGGGACAGCUGUAAUGUCAAUGGCAGAGACUCUGUUGAACCUUUCCAGCAACUCUGGGAACGCGACAGGACCCACCAAGCUCAUCAGUGGUUCAGUGGUGCCACAGCUGCUGAACCCUCUGCUUGGCACAGGCCUGCUUAGCGAUGGCUCAGCGCUGGCCAGCAGUCUGGGUGACCCGCAGCUGGGCAGCCUGCAGUCGCUGAUGGCCAACAACCAGAUGUUUCACCAGAGCCAACAGCAGCUGCUGCAGGGCAUGCAGGGCAGUCAGAGGGGGGUGGGGCUGCCGGGGCAGCACGCCUUCCCUGACAGCGCCUUUCCUGAGAACACCUCCAGCCCCAUGGCCUGCCUCUUUCAAAGCUUCCAGGUGAGCUUGCCGGAAGAACUUGCAGCUCCCAGCAAGCAGAUGAGCGCCCAGCCGGGGGCGCUGCCGCUCCCCGAGAGCUCCGGCCUGGCGGCGCUCCCUCGGUUCCGCGAUGGGCCCUGCGACCUCCAGCACCAGGGUGUGGAGCAGGCAGCCGAGCAGGCUGCCCGGGAGAACCUCUGCGGUCCCGGUCCCGGUCCCGGCAGAGACCCCUCUGUGGAUGCCAUUUACAAAGCAGUGGUGGACGCCGCUAGCAAGGGCAUGCAGGUUGUCAUCACCACGACCGUGAGCAGCACCACCCAGAUGAGCCCCAUUCCUGCUCUGAGUGCCAUGAGUGCCUUUACUGCCUCCAUCGGGGACCCCGUCAACCUCUCCCAUGCGGUCAAUGCAGUAAUCCAUGGCAGGCGGCCCUCGGGUCAGGAAGCCGAACACCGGGCCAGAAACGCCAGGGGACCGAGGGUGCGGAAGAACUCGGAACAGGGCAAAAGUACACCCGAGGGUGCGGAGGCUCACGAUUACUUCAGAUCCCCCGGUCGCAGCACCCCGAGGAAGCAGUGGGAGGUGGACUCUGCCCCUGGCGUGGAGGGCAACCCGUGGAAGUGUGAGGAGUUUGUGGAGUGCCCCGCCCACGUCCACAGCAGCCCUUGCACAGAGCGGCCUAACAGCAUCGCCACCAUGCUGCCUCUGGCUGUGGAGCAGCAGCAGCAGCAGCUGCAGCCGCCGCCGCCGCUGCCCCGUCACCACCACACAGUAUUAAUGCCAAACGAGAAGAGGUUUCUGGAGGAGAACUUCAAGGUCAACAACUGUAAGAGGACUAUGGUCACUUUCAAGGACAGGCUGGAGCAAACUGUGGAGAGGUGUGCGCACAUCAAUGGCAACCAGCCUCAGACAGGCAGGGGCUACGGCGUCCUUCUGAGCACUCCCAAGCAGGACCAUGCCGCCGAAGAUCAGUCCCCCAGCUCCUCUACCAGCUUGGAAGGGUCUCUGGUCAAAGACUACAUCCAUUACAAUGGGGACUUCAGUGCAGAGAGCAUUAAUGGGUGUGCGCCGAGCCCAUCAGACACUAAAAGCAUUAGCAGUGAGGAGGACUUAAGAAACCCAGACUCUCCUUCAUCUAACGAGUUAAUUCAUUACAGGCCAAGGACGUUUAACGUAGGCGACUUGGUCUGGGGCCAGAUCAAGGGUUUUCCUUCGUGGCCGGGAAAACUUGUGAGUGAAGAAGAGGUGCACAACUCCGCUGUCCAGAACAGUGAGCAGGGCAAGGUCUGGGUAAUGUGGUUUGGUGUUCAUACCUUCACUCAGGUGGAGCCCGAGAAGCUGAAGACACUAACUGAAGAUCUAGAAGCCUUCAACCGAGCUAGGAAGAGAAAUCGAAAAAGUGGAAAGUUGAAUAAUCAUUUAGAAGCUGCUAUUCAUGAGGCUAUGAGUGAGCUGGACAAAAUGUCAGGCAGUGUUCACCAGAUGCCACCAAGAGAGAGACAGGUCAAACCACCGAAACCCAAGAGGAGGAAGAUUUCUAGAUAACAUUGAAUGUGUCCAUCGCCAGUCCAGUACCUGUGAAUGGAACUGUGUAGCUACAGAGUCUUAACUGUUAACAGCCCCAAGGUGCUACAGUCAAACCCUGGUACAGUAUUUUUUGACACCAAGACAAGAGGGACAGUGAAGAUGCUGGAAUAACUAUUCAGAAAACUGUAUGGUCAUGGUUACAAUUUGUCUACAGCUUGCUGAAGAACUAUUUUUUUCUAGAAUACUAAAAAGAAAAAAAUCCUGCAUACAAGAAAAUAGACAGUCCAAAUAUUUCUGAUACAUUUUCAAUAUGUAUAUAGAUAAUGCAGAAUUUCAUGGUGAUAUUCUGAGAAAAAAUGUAAAUAAUGUACAAUAUCGUCAUGUACAAGCGUACUUAAUGCACACUUGAUCUUUUAUUGUACAAAACAAAAGAAGUGUACAAAAUUCUUUGGUUUUUAUUCAGUACACAGUCAAGAUGACUACCAGUGUAAACAGGAUAAAUAAAAAGAUAUACAGCCUAAA